CGCAGUUACCAUCACAACAGCUGGCGGCUGCUAAGUGCGGCAUAAAAGUUGAAUAGUAAACAGUCAACCACCACCAGCAUGCUGUACUGUCCACCGAACGUAACGCUCAACGAGAUUUGGGUGAAUCAUGGCAUCUCGCACUGUUUCAUGGACACUGUGGGGCCGGCGGUAUGCGGCGGAAUGUUGCUGAUCUUUGGCACCAUACAGCUCUUUAUGUAUCGCCAAUACGCCAUACCGAUCACAGAUCCCACACUCAUAUCCAAAUCCCGUCUAUAUGCCCUCCAAUUGUUCCUGCUCUUCUUUAUGCCAGUCCUGGCACUGCUGCGAUUCUUUGUGAACUCACGCAUCUAUGUGGAUAGCGCUACAUAUGGGUAUAUGAUAUUCUCGACGGCUUUUAUAUGCUUUGCGUAUCCCUUCUCCAUAGUUCUGAUACGCAAAGAGCGUCAUUUUCAGCUGCCAUCGCUGCCUACGCGCGGCCAUGGCCUCACCUUGCUGCUCUUUUGGACUUUGGCGUUCAUUAACGAAUCGUUGGCAUUCAUUAAUCUGCGCCAAGAGGACUGGUGGUUCCAUUUGAAGACGAAUAAGGACGCUAUCGAAAUGGGUUUCUUUGUGACGCGCUAUUUGAGUUCGCUGCUCAUUUUUGUACUCGGCCUGAAGGCUCCGGGUAUUAUGGGACCCUACAAUCCUCAUCAGCGUCUGGACAAUGAAUCGGGCGAUGAACGGGAGGAAAAUACGCAAAGCGGCUCUGCUUUUCGCAAUGGCUGGCGCAAGUUACGCACACUCUUUCCCUAUCUGUGGCCGAAGAAAGAUUGGACCCUACAAUUUGCAGUAAUGGUGUGCAUAACGCUUUUGAUUGCCGGUCGCGUUAUAAAACUCUUUUUGCCGAUUUAUCGCAAGAAGUUGGUGGACAGUCUGACCAUUGAACCCAUUCUCUUUCGCUGGGACUUUGUGCUCAUUUAUGUGGCGCUAUCGUUUCUGCAAGGCGGCGGCACCGGCGGUAUGGGAUUGUUCAACAAUCUGCGCACCUUUUUGUGGAUACGCGUGCAGCAAUACACGACCCGCGAGAUCGAGAUCGAUCUGUUUAGACAUCUCCAUCAGUUAUCGCUGCGUUGGCACUUGCAGCGCAAGACAGGCGAAGUGCUGCGUGUUAUGGAUCGCGGUACAGACUCGAUCAACAAUUUACUCAAUUACAUAUUCUUUUCCAUAACACCAACCAUUUUGGAUCUGUUGGUGGCUGUGGCAUAUUUCAUUUAUGCCUUUAACUGGUGGUUUGGUUUGAUUGUGUUCCUCACUAUGUUCUUGUAUAUUGCAUCCACCAUUCUGAUUACGGAAUGGCGCACCAAAUACCAACGCCGCAUGAAUCUCGCCGAUAAUGAGCAGCGCGCAAGGAGCGUCGACUCCCUGCUGAAUUUCGAAACUGUCAAAUAUUAUGGUGCGGAGCAUUACGAAGUCGAUUGCUAUAGGGAGGCAAUUCUGAAAUAUCAAAAGGAGGAAUUUCUAUCGAUGGUUACGCUGAAUAUACUGAACACGGCUCAGAACAUCAUACUAUGUUUGGGGCUGCUCACGGGCUCACUACUCUGCGUCUAUCUGGUGGUGCACCAUCAGACCCUCACCGUCGGCGACUUCGUGCUCUUCUCCACCUACCUCAUGGAGUUGUACAUGCCACUGAAUUGGUUCGGCACCUACUAUCGUGCCAUACAAAAGAAUUUCGUGGACAUGGAAAACAUGUUCGAUUUGCUGCGCGAGGAUCAGGAAAUUGUGGAUGCCCCUGGCAGCGCACCUUUGCUUACCGCCGGCGGCGGCAUUGAGUUCAACAACGUUACCUUUGGCUAUUCUCCAGAAAAGUUGGUGCUUCGGAACGUGAGCUUUAAUGUGCCCGCAGGCAAAACUGUGGCCAUUGUCGGACCCUCUGGUGCCGGCAAAAGCACACUUAUGCGUCUUCUCUUCCGAUUCUACGAUGUACAAACAGGCGCCAUUCUAAUUGAUGGACAGAACAUUAAAUUGGUUCAGCAGCAAAGUCUGCGACAGGCUAUUGGCGUUGUACCACAGGAUACGGUGCUUUUCAACAACACAAUAUUCUUCAACAUUCAAUAUGCGAAACAAGAGGCUUCGGACGAAGCCGUCUAUGAAGCGGCACGGCUUGCGGAUAUACACGAUCGUAUUCUGGGCUUCCCGGAUCGGUAUGAGACGAAGGUGGGCGAGCGCGGACUGCGGCUUAGCGGAGGAGAGAAACAGCGUGUGGCGAUUGCGAGGACGCUGCUGAAGGCGCCGAUCAUUGUUUUGCUGGAUGAGGCCACCUCAGCGCUGGACACGCACACGGAGCGGAACAUACAAGCGGCUCUGGCGAGGGUCUGUGCGAAUCGGACAACCAUUAUAGUGGCACAUCGGCUGUCGACGGUGAUACACGCGGAUGAAAUCCUUGUGCUGCAGGAGGGCAGCAUUGUGGAGCGUGGCAGUCACGAUCAACUGCUGCAGCGCGUCGAUGGCAUCUAUGCGGACAUGUGGCAGCAACAGCUCAAGAGCUCCGAUGUCGAGCAGAGUGCUAGCGGGGACAGUGGCACGGAGGAGCUGCCGCAGGCAUCGAACAAACGGAACACACAGGACAGCGGCAGUUCCAGCACCUUGCUAAGAGCUGGUCACGCGCAUGGCGGCGCGCGCUAAAAUUGUAUAAUUAAAUAGCAAAUAUUUUUAAGAAACACUCCGGUAGCUCUGUUAUUCCCGUCUCUUGUGAUUCUGGUAUUUGUUAUAUAUGCCUGCAUCCUAUCCUUUGUAAUAUGUAAUAAAUAAGUGUACGAUUUUUUUUAAAA